GGAGGUUAGCUUACAAUAUUUUUGAACCUACAACUUGCUGCUGCUGACUGACUUCUCGUAGCUCUUUGCAUCAUACGGUACGACGCAGGUAAAGUUGCCAAUACCUGUAAUGGAUGCCAUGUUUCGGCAAGCUACUGCGGACGGGCAAGGUCUCAAGGAUAAUGACUGUGUAGACUUUUGGGGUACUACCUGUACGGGUAAAACGUCGAUAUUAACCCAUAUUACGGCGCAAACUAUAUUACCCAAAGUCUGGAGAAUCCAAGUUGACGGUCAGCCAAUUGAAGUGGAAUUAAAUGGAAGCGGCCGCUCUGUGGUGUUCAUCGAUCUAGAUUUGCAGUUCAGUGUCAACCGCCUCUAUAGUAUGACUUUGAAUCGUGUCACUGAAGCCAUCAAGGAGUGCUCUCCAAAUGUAAAAGCGAAGCUUAUAGGACAAGACGACGAGAUUCAUAAGCUAGUCCUCAAUAGCCUUGCAAGGUGUCACACGUUUCGCCUUACAACGAUUGGCGAUCUUAGUACUACCAUAUUAGGGAUGCCCCGUUGGCUCCACGAACAUCCUGACGAAAACAUUCAGUACAUUAUGAUAGACUCUAUUUCAUCCGUGCUGUGGGAUAAACGGGACGGGAUAAACAUUCACCAUCAGCUUUACGGAUCACAUGCAAAUAAUUUAUUCAACCAUAUAACAAGCACCCUUCGCAAGCUGCAAUCACAAUGGAACUUUGUAGUAUGUACUACCACAAGAAAAAUUGGUGCUAAUCCAACGGAUGAAAUCCCUCUAUGUUGGUCAAAAUUCUGGACGUUUAGAGUAGAGUUACGGCGUCUCGAUUCCGACCUUGCCAAUCCACUUGCUGAUUAUCAACUUUGCGUUGUUCGAUCAUCGCGUGCUAAUAUACCUAUGGACGCAUUUCAGAAAGGCAUUACUUUUCGUUAUGCUAUCAAAGAUAACGAUAUCAUUUGCAUUUAGUCAAACCGCUUUUUUCUCACAGCGUCGUCUUGUAACCUUUCGACGUAAAAGAGGUGGAAAGCGCACUUGUGGGACACUGGAAUCUCUUAUGAUGUACUUUGAGCAACGAUAAAUUUGAACGGAGCAGAGCAAAAGAGAUCCGUGUCGUACAGUGUUGGUAGAGAGAA